AUGAGCAACCCAGAGCCACCCACCGAGCCCCCGGGGGCCAAUGCCCCGACCUGGCUGACCCAGCCCACUUACAGCAACCUUGGUGAGGUCCGUGCCCGCCUGCUGCCCUCCCAGGUCUGCUGCCCACGGACAUCUGAGCGCCCCGCUACUGACCCGCAGCCCCUACCCAAGAAGACCCUGACCAGGGCCCAGUCGCUGCCCACCCACAAGUCCCCCAGCCCCGGCCCCACUCGAGCAGGGCAGCCUCAGAAGCCCCUUCUGGGAUCCCGCAGUGUGGACGAGAGCCAGGCAGGCGACGACAGGGCGGGGACAGCCUGUCCCCCUGCAGAGCUGCCCUUCUUCUCGCUGGACACCGAGCUGGGCCUCUCCCUCCGCGCGCUGGAGGCCCGGCAGCUGGAGGGCCUCCGCGCCGUGUACGCCCGGCUGCACGCCCGGCUCCUGGGGUGCCUCCCGGGCCCCUGCCGCCCCGGCCGCCGCUUACGCCUCCUGGACAGCUCGCCCCGCGUGGAGAGCUGGGACGCCCUCUACUACCGCUUGGUGCGGAGGAACAAGGAGGCGUGGUACCUCCUGGCUGCCAACGUGCCCAAGCCAGGAGCAGACGAGCCCCACCCGUGUGGCCUAGGGCCGCAGGCCUCGCUGGCCCGGCAUUUCAACCUCCAGGAGCUGUGUGGUCUGGCGCCCGAGGGCGCACUUCCCGAGACACCCUGGAGCAGCCCCGUGGCGCUGGCAGCGGAGGUGCCGGAGCUCACGGUGGUCCAGUGGCUUGUGGAGACAGGCGCGCAGCUGCCCGAGGAGUUCGCAGGGCUGUGGCCCUGCUGUCCUGCAGCCCUGGAGCUCCCGGAGGCGUGGGCUGCGGCCCUGGCCGAGCUGCGGCCCGAGAACCUGCUGCUGGCGGCACCGCGGGGCUGCUCGGCCGCCAGGCCCCAGCGCCUGCUGCUGGUGGACUUCGGCUGCGGCCCCCCGUGACCCCCCGGCGCCCACGCGCGGCAGCUGGGCCGCCCACUCCGAGAGCUGCUUGGCCCGGGCGCGCUCUUGGCCACGUCCUUGGCCGUGGGCCUGGAGCACCUGGCGGCCCAGCUGGCCCGCGCGCGGCCCUCGGCGGCCGGGAGGCGCGGCGCGUUGCAGGUGCUGCUCUGGGGGCCCGGGCCCGAGCUGCGUGGCCACGGAGCCCCGCUGGGGUCCUGGCUGCGGAUGCGCCACGCGCUGCUGGUCCUGCACCUAGCCUAGCGGGCCGUGGGUGGGGAGGUGCCCAGCUUGGAAGACUGGCUGUGCUGUGAAUACUUGGCCAAGGCCACUGAGGACUCCUUGUACCUCGCCCUGGAGCUGCUGUGGAACUGA